GCCGUUAGAUGGUCGCUGUCGCCGCCGCUUGCUCCAUUGCCGCCAUGAGUCCCCGCCUGGCCCUCGCCGUCUGCCUCGUGGCCGCGCUGCUCGCCUGCGGCGAGGCGCAGCAAGGGCGGCCCGACGCCCAGGGACGACACGACCACGCCCACCCCCGCCCGCGCACCGCGCCCACCGCGGCCGCUCGUGGACGCCGCCGGGCGCCCGGUCAACUGCCAGUGCCAGUCCACGCAGGAGUACAACCCGGUGUGCGGCUCCAACGGCGCCACCUACAACAACCCCACCAAGCUCCGCUGCGCCCAGCGCUGCGGAUACGAGGUGACCCUGGCGUACUACGGGCAGUGCAGUUGAGCUGAAACUAAAUUUCUUGCUCCCUCGCCGAAAAAUGAGUGGAUUCUCACGACGUAUUUUGCGCCCCGACAAAAUGGAGGCGCUCGCAACGAUCUCUUCAUCGAGCAUUUAUCAUGACAUCGACAUCAACGUGCAUCUUCAAUACACCACCAUUUUGAUUAUUUUCCCACAAAACUCCAUCGAGAAUCCAAAAUGUGUAAGGAAAUAAAUGUAUAACAUUUGUUCCAUUGUUGGAAACAUUUCCUAAUUCAGCAAUUACUGUUAUGCCGCAAUUUUUUAUAUGUAUAAUUAAGUACAAAGUCAUUGUAAAUGUGUUGGAUAUUAUGAAGUGUAAAACGUGAAUUUUGAAAUUAGGGUCAAAUAAACAUAAGACACUUUUUGAACACAGAAUUCUGCUUCUUUACCUCGGUGAGUGAUGUAUAAUAGUAGAUACUGGUUUGUUGACGAUUGGAUUUUUUUUUGUCAAGACUAACGUUCAUAAAAACAUUUUUUACUGAAUGCAAUUGGGAAGUCCAAUUAAUAGCGACAUAACC